AUGAGUGGAAACACUGAAAAAGAUAUACUACUUGAUGAAGUUAUCAUACAAAUCGUGAAACCAAAUAAUUUUAUUUACGAUAAGUCGAAUGAUAAAUACUAUACUGAAUUUAGAUCGCAACGAACACAAGUUUUCGAAACUAUUUCCCAAGCGAUUUAUCAACUAUACGAAGUGCACAUUACAGAAAAAGAGAUUGAAGCGACAUGGCUGUAUUUAGUAAAAAAAUUCAAAGGAGAAAAAGCAAAAAAACGCAAAUACCAGCCAUCUGGAUCAGAAAGAAAACCCGAAGUGACCUGGGAAUUGUAUAAUGAGAUGUGUUGGCUUGAUCCAUAUCUGAGUCAUGAACCGCAAAUUUCUUCAGACGAUGUGGAGUUUAUAACAAAAUCAGAAAUCACCGAUAAAUUUUGUCGGAAACGAAAAGUAGAUGAUGGCGAUGACUUACAAAAAGCCAUUGAUGAAAGCGUAAAAUUGAUGAAAAUAAUACAAAAUAAUGUAGCAACUACGAAGACUGAUCGAAUGCCAGAAAGUAUUCUUUAAUAAUGAAUAACCUAUCUGUGAAAAAUGUUUUACAUUCAAAGCCAUUUGAAGAAGAAAAACUUAACGUGAAAAUGAAAUUCACCAUUCAGUACAUCAUGCAAAAUGAUUUUCGUCGCUACGUACCAGUAGCUUUUCGUGUUGUCAAUCUCAAUUUGGAAAAUAUGAGAAGUCAUAAUUUCAUUCUGUGGUUUUCCAACGAGAAUGAAGGUAUAAUUGACAUUGACAUCAAUAUGAUGAGCCAUAGAUUAGUAUUAAAAAAGAUAAUGCAAGAAAUUAAUACAAUUAGAGGAAGCACAUGUAGUCCUGGGCACGAUUGAGGACGAUAAUCGCAUAUCAAAUAAUGCUACAAUAAAUAGAUGGUCUUUGCAUCAAAGCAAUUGAUACCGCAGUCUGUGGCCAACUCACCUGAAUGUAAUCAAUCAUUAAAAUAAUAAAACUCGACGGUAGUCUCGGUGAAGGAGGAGGUCAAGUGCUACGAAUUUCAUUAUGUUUGAGUGCACUCUAUAAAAUUCCUAUUGAGAUUAGCAACAUAAGAGCAGGUCGUCCAAAACCAGGUUUGUCAGCUCAGCAUCUUGAAGGAGUCAAAUUUUUAAAAGAAAUGUGUAACGCUGAAGUGCAUGGAGCUGCAAUAGGCUCAACCUGCUUAACUUUCAUACCAAGAGACCUUUCUUAAUAAAAAACAAGAAUUUAUAGUAGACACCAGAACAGCUGGAUGUAUUGGUUUGCUCAUUCAAGUUACUUUACCUUGUGCUCUAUUUUCAUCUAGGGCAGCAACUUAUAUUCUCAAAGGAGGAACUAAUGUACCUUUUGGCCCUCAUAUAGAGUAUUUAAGUAUGUUUUUAGACCUCUGUUGAACAGAUUUGGUGGAAACUUUGAGCUUGAUGUUUAUAAGAAAAGGAUAUUAUCCUCAAGGAGGUGGAGAAGUUCAUAUGCGUGUAAAUGCCAUUCAGAUUUAUCUUUUUUGUAAAGGUGUAUAGUUAAAGGUUUUCCAAAUAGUAACUAAUAAAUAUAACUUAUUCUGAAUUGAAUGGUUUUUUAAAGAAAAAUUAAUCGUUUUUA